AUGGAUGCUCUGGGAGGAAGGAUCAAUCAUCCCAGGAUGGAGCUGAAAAAGAAACUGUUCAAGCGCUGAAAGGUGUUUGAUGAUAACAGGCUGACUAUGAGGCACCACCUCAAGAAGCAGGCAUCCAGAGCAUCUGCCAACUUCAGUCUGUCUGGAAGGAGAGCAAAGCACCUGAAACGGGUCUGUCUGGCUCAGAAUGAAAAGGCAGCCUUGGAGGUGGAAGCCCCUUCAAAGUCAACCAGGACUAGUCAGCCACAUCCCAAACAACAUGAAAAAAGCCCACAGGAUGUAGACUGGUAGAACCUUGAAGAUGAGAACUAA